GGAAGCAACAUUUGGCUUUUUACAACAUUCCUAAUUUGGUUCUUUGAAUGGUGAAACCACCACGGCAAUAUGAACAACGUGAACGUGAUUUUCAAUGUGUCGAAAAAUGAGAUGUUCAAGCUACCCGAUAACUACAAGACUCUGCACCGGAAGCUCAAAGUUAGCUAUCGGGUUGAAAGUAACAAAAAUGACAUCACACCGGAGAUCCUCAAAGGAGCUACGAUUUACGUUCUGGCGGGUCCUCAGGAAAAGUUCACGGAAACAGAAUUUCAAUACCUGAAGGAUUACAUAUCGGAAGGCGGGCGCCUAUUACUUCUUUUAGGCGAAGGAGGAGAAGUGAACUUCAACACAAAUAUUAAUUUUCUUCUUGAAGACUACGGAAUGACAAUCAAUAAUGACGCUGUAGUUCGCCCACAGUACUACAAAUAUUUUCACCCAAAAGAGGCCCUAAUCAGCGGAGGAAUUGCCAGCGAUACCAUGAACAACUAUCUACUCGAAUUCAGCAAAAGUAUCCUGACCGCGUUUGACUUCAUGGACGACAAGUACAAGGUUGAGUUCGUGUACCCCUUCGGAGCUACCAUGAACGUCAUCCAGCCUUCGAGCGUCCUUCUGACCACGGGCCCCGUCGUCUAUCCCUUCAAUCGCCCUUUAGCUGGGUACUACCAGAACGAAACUAACGGCAAACUGGUGGCAAUCGGUUCGGGUCACAUGUUUCAAGAUAAAUACAUUUCGAACGAAAUCAAUGUGGCUAUCUGGGAUGGAAUCUUCAGCAUGAUCCUCGAGGAUGCCUUCAAGUUCAAGUCAUCCGAUUUCAACGACCUCGAAAUAAAUGACUACGCAAUCAUUCCCGAUACGAUCUAUCUGGCCGAGCAGCCAAAGAUCUGCCUGAUGGAUUCGCUCGACUACGACAUCCCCGCCGACUUCAAGAAGCUAUUCGAUAUGGCCCUGUACUCGAUCAACAACGAUCUGCUGCGCGAUGUUAUCAAUACCUAUGAAAAGUUGGACGUGCAAUAUGAACCGCUCAAGAUCAUCAAGCCGCAGUUCGAGAUCCCAUUACCGCCGCUGCAGCUUGCGGUUUUCCAACCGAUUUUCAGCGAUCUGUCGGCGCCACCGUUGGAGCUAUUUGAUCUGAAUGAAGCCUUCAGUUCGGAGAAAGCGCAAAUCACACAGCUCACCAAUAAGUGCCUGUCGCCGGCACUGGAAAACAAUCGGAGAGACGGGCUGGACGAGAAGGAGCUGGGCUACUUUAUACAGGAGUGCGGUCGCAUUUUGAAGGUCUGCCAAGAUGAUCAGCGAAUGACGGCAAAGGAAAUUUUGAAUGUGAUUAGCGUGAAGAUUGCUCAUUAUAAGAAGCUUGAUAAGGAAUAA